GGGCCUUACCGAGAACACGACUUGCCUUGUUGUGUGUAUUCCCGUGCUCGCUUCGCCAUCUUGUUGCAACCUUUUUUUUUUUUUUUUUUUUUUUUUUUUCUUUACGUAUUUCGGGAUCUACUUUCUGUUUGGCUCGAUUAAAAAAAACUGGCCGCCUGCUUUCUGGAGAACCGCACAAGGGGGGUUCACACGGGAGUGAAGCCGCGCACGUCGCGCUUAAUACCGGGGCACUACUUUCCAUUCCCCCCCUCUUUCCGUCCGGGACCACCGGGUCCCCCCCUGCCGUCAGGGUUUACGCGAAAUGAGCAUCGACACACUUUUGGAGGCGGCCAGGUACCUGGAAUGGCAAGCCCAGCAGCAACAACAAACAAGACGUGAGGAUGAGCCGUUUCAGGAGAAGGAAGCCAUCAAGACGGAGGCUGAGUCUAAACAUGUGGAGCUUGUCACCUCACCUCUGCCUGUCAGAGCCAACCACACUGCUUGGGCCGAUGAAGCUCUUCGCCAGCAGCCGCAUCAUCCUCCAGCCCCUCCGCCGCCUUCUCUCCCACCUUCACAAGUUCCCAUCGCCGUCAUCCCGAUGGUCCCGGUUGUCAAUGCGACACCCUCUGUCCCCCCUCUUCCUCUCACUACGCCGAUCGCUGCAGCUGCCACUUCGCUCAGCAGCCCCCUGCCUCCCAAAAAAAAGAGCACUUCCUCUACGGCGUCGCCGCUGCAGCAGCAGCAGUCAGUGUCUCAUCACCUGUUGUGCCCCUCCCAGAUCAAAAUGGAACCUGCUCAGCAGCUGAUAGACGUAAAGCCCAGCCUAGAGCAGCCUCAGAUGCAGAUUCAGUACUCGGCUUCUAUUAGUACCAAUGGCUCUGGCUCCCAUCAUGCACUGGUUCCCCAUCAAGCUCCACCUACACCUCAGUCACGCCCCAACGGCGUGACGAUAGAGGACCUGAGGGGCAUGGAGGGCAAGAGGAGACCUGGAGGAGCGGGAACCAGAGAGGUGCACAAUAAGCUGGAAAAGAACAGGAGAGCACAUCUAAAGGAGUGUUUUGAGACGCUAAAGAAAAACGUUCCUAAUGUUGAUGAGAAGAAAACCUCUAACCUCAGCGUUCUGCGCAGUGCACUCCGUUACAUACAGACUCUGAAGCGUAAGGAGAAGGAGUUUGAGCACGAGAUGGAGCGUUUGGCCAGAGAGAAGAUCUCCACGCAGCAGCGGCUGGCCGAGCUGAAGAACGAGCUCAGCCAGAACAUGGACGCCAUGGAGAUCGACCGAGUCCUCCGACAGACCAUCCAGCCGGAGGACGACCAGGCCUCCACGUCUACUGCCUCAGAGGGAGAGGACAACUUCGACCAGGAUGUGGACGAAGACGCUACAGCCCGUCCCGCUCCAGCGUCCCUCCAGAAACCGGCUCUGUCCAUCCUUCAAGCCCAGCCGCUCCUGGCUCCACAUCUGUCCAUCCAGCACGCCGCUCUUCCUCUUUCCGGAGUCCUCGCCGCCCCUCCUCCUGCUGGCCCUCAUCCUCCUCAGGCCAUCGCCCCCGCGCCGCCUCCCGGCCCCCCUCCUCCUCCUCUUCCUCUUCAUACUCCAGCUGUGCAGGUCCAGCCGACCGUCAUCGCUCACGCCGCCGUCUCACACCCGUCGGUGAUCCACUCGGUCAGUCACACCCUCCCAGCCAACCACAAACACUUAGCACACAUAGCCCCAUCUCCGGGUCCCGCCUCCUCCGCCCCGCCGCCGAUGGCGGCGGCAGCGGCGGCGCCCGUCACGGCGACCCACCAGCACAUAGCCCAGCCCAUCGGACACAUCACCGUCCACCCGGUGGCGCACCUGGGGGCGCCCCUCGCUUCCCACCUCCCGACUCUGUACUCCCAGGGUGUGCCGGUCACCCAGCCCACCAUGGUGGGCCACAUCACCCACACCUUCACCCACCACGCGCUGCCGCACAUCCAGGCCGGCGCUCAGGCUAACACUAACGGAGCGCAGGUGAGCAGCACCGCUGUGGUGAGCCAGGGCAGCCCGUCGCUGGGGAAACCCACGGCGGUGCUCGCCCCGCACCCUCAGCUGGUUGGCCAGGCCGCUGUCCUCAACCCUGUCACCAUGGUUACGGUCCCAACCUUCCCCGUCAGCACGCUCAAACUGGCCUAAAGCAGAAAAUCCUCCGCACGCCCCGACGGAGAGGCGAGUUGGAUUCAGACGGCCCGGAUCUGCGUUCGGUCGGGUCCGUUGGCUUUGGAUGCGAGAAUCUUUGUGAUAUUUCGGUCACAGUCUGCUAAUGACAACAUUGCUGCAGACUCAGCGGGUUCGGGCCAUUGUUGGUGAAAACGAGACUGUGACAUUUGGCUUCGCCGCAACGUCAGGAACUUAGUUUGACCUUUCCUCUUCCUGCCUCUCUCUCUUUUAUUCCUUUCCUCUGCAACCAGAAGCACUAAGACGAUAAGCUCAGUUCACUCUCAGGCUCCAGAGAUUCACUUCCAUCAGCCUCACGCUCAUUCGGUGAAAGGUGUCGUCAGCUCUCAAUGCAGUGAUACGAGUGUGUUUCACACUCUGAUGUGAUGAAGAGGAGAAGCAUCACUGAUCUAAAUAAAUUAUUCACAACUGCUUCGGUCAUGUCCGAAGGAGAAUAUUCCAGAUUUUUUCCCUCCUGUGCUCCAGCUUCACCCAAAUUUGAACUUCACAAACCAAACAUAAAAUAGAGAGAAUUUGUUUAACUGCUAAUUUCUGUUCUGCUGUUUGGAUCUGAUUAUAUGAACACAUGUUGGGUGAUAAUACUGAGCAGAAACCUACAGGAAAAAUUCACAUUUCAUGCAACAAUUUCCGUCUGCUCUUGUCUCAAUGUUCCCCCUCUGUGCGUUUUAUUUUCUAGCUGUUACCACAGCGCCCCCUGCUGCCGUACAGCACAGCUUACACU